CAGUUUACUGCUAAGGAGUAACCUUCAGGGACCAUGGCCAGAAGUCUGCAAGAGGCGGUGACCUGUCCAAUUUGUCUAGAAUUUUUCUACAAGCCCUUUUCUCUCUCCUGCAUGCACACUUUCUGCUUUGAUUGCAUAAAAAAUUGGAGGCUAGAAAGGAAGAAUCAGAAAUUGAUCUGCCCCAUGUGUCGACAAGUAAAUAAGAAAGGCCUUUUGGAGCAAUGGCAAAUUAGGGGACUAACGCUUCUCGUCCAACAGCACAGUUCCCUGCUGGAGCUGAGUCUGCACAUGAGUGAAGAGUUCCUGAGGUUCCGGAAGGAUGUGACCCUGGAUGCAGUCACAGCCAACUCCCACCUAGUCGUCUCUGAUGACCUAAAGCAUGUCUGGUGUGGAAAGAUCUGCCACAACCUGAUGAUAGAUCCCCAGAGAUUCACCUACCUGCCCUGUAUCCUGGGCACCCCUUGCUUCUCCUCUGGCCGCCAUUACUGGGAGGUAGAGGUGGGAGAGGGGAAGGAGUGGGCUCUGGGGGUCUGCAAAGAAUCAGUGGACAGAAAGAGGAAAAGCGGUUUCUCUUCUGAGCAUGGCUUCUGGAUCAUCAGCAUGAAUGCAGGAGCAAUCUAUGCCAGCUCCAUCCCAGAAACCAGAAUUCCUGCAAGCUCUGGCCUUAGCCGUGUAGGAAUUUUUCUAGAUGUUGAGAUGGAAGAAAUCAAGUUUUUUGAUGUCAGAAAUGAUGCCCUCAUUUAUGUACACAGUCCUCUCACCUGUUUGGAGCCAUUGCGUCCAUUCUUCUGUCCCGAGUCGCCUGGAGAAGGUGACAGAGGUGCCCCCCUGAGCAUCUGCCCAUGAGAAAUUCAGCCCUUUCUAGAAGCUUUAUGA